AUGGCGGACGCGGGGUCUGGAGUGCGGGGUGCUCUGCUUCAGUUACAGGAGUCCUUGUCCGCGGCCGACCGCUGCGGAGCGGCGGUGGCCAGUUGUCAGCUGCUGCGGGGCUUGGGGCAGGAGUGCGUGCUGAGCUCCCGCCCUGCGCUGCUGGCAUUACACACUUCCUUAGUUUUUUCCAAAGAUUUUGGUUUGCUUGUAUUUGUUCGGAAAUCGCUUAGCGUUGAUGAAUUUCGUGAUUGUAGAGAAGAAGCCCUAAAGUUUUUAUGUGUUUUCUUAGAGAAAAUUGGCCAGAAGAUCACACAUUAUUCUCUCGAUAUUAAGAAUACUUGUACCAGUGUUUAUACAAAAGAUAAAGCUGCUAAAUGUAAAAUUCCAGCCCUAGAACUUCUUAUUAAGGUACUUCAGACUUUGAGAAGUUCGAGCCUCAUGGAUGAAUUUAGAGUUGGAGAGUUAUUUAGCAAGUUCUAUGGAGAACUUGCAUUGAAAACAAAAAUACCAGAUACAGUUUUAGAAAAGAUAUAUGAGCUCCUAGGAGUAUUAGGUGAAGUUCAUCCUAGUGAGAUGGUAAAUAACUCAGAUAAACUCUUCCGGGCUUUUUUGGGUGAACUUAAGACCCAGAUGACAUCAACAGUGAGAGAGCCCAAACUUCCGGUUCUGGCAGGGUGUCUGAAGGGACUGGCUUCGCUUCUGUGUAACUUCACUAAAUCCAUGGAAGAAGAUCCCCAGACUUCAAGGGAGAUUUUUGAUUUCGCACUAAAGGCAAUCUGUCCUCAGAUUGAUCUGAAGAGAUAUGCGGUGCCUUUGGCUGGCUUGUCCAUAUUUACCCUGCAUGCAUCUCAGUUUAGCACCUGCCUCCUGGACAACUACGUUUCCUUAUUUGAAAUAUUGUCGAAAUGGUGUAGCCACACAAAUAUGGAAUUGAAAAAAGCUGCCUAUUCAGCUCUGGAAUCUUUUCUGAAACAGCUUUCUUUUAUGGUAGCGAACAACGCAGAGACACACAGGAGUAAGCUGCGGUACUUCAUGGAGCAGUUCUAUGGGAUCAUCAGAAACGUGGACUCAAACAGCAAGGACUUGUCCAUCGCCGUUCGUGGAUAUGGACUGUUUGCAGGGCCUUGCAAGGUUAUAAACGCAGAAGACGUUGGCUUCAUGUUCGUGGAGCUUGUUCAGCGCUGCCGGCAGCUGUUCCUCACUGAGACGGACACGGCUGAGGACCACGUCUACCAGAUGCCCAGUUUCCUCCAGUCUAUUGCCAGUGUCUUGCUUCACCUUGAUACGGUUCCUGAGGUGCACAUGCCAGUUCUGGAGCACCUCGUGGUCGUGCAGAUAGACAGUUUCCCCCAGUACAGUCCAAAAAUGCAGUUGGUGUGUUGCAAAGCCAUAGUGAAAGUUUUCCUGGCCUUGGCAGAAAAAGGACCAGUUCUCUGGAAUUGCAUUAGUACUGUGGUGCAUCAAGGUUUAAUCAGAAUAUGUUCUAAACCAGUGAUCCUUCAAAAGGGUGCUGAGCCUGAGUCUGAAGACUGUCGCGUGUCAGGGGACGUUAGAGCCGGCCAACGGCGGGUGCCCGCCUGCAAAGACUAUUUGGAUCUUUUCAGAAAUCUCCUGAGCUGUGACCAGAUGAUGGAUUCUCUUUUAGCAGAUGAAGCAUUUCUCUUUGUGAAUUCCUCCCUUCCAAGUCUGAAUCGUUUGCUGUACGAUGAAUUUGUAAAAUCAGUUUUGAAGAUUAUCGAGAAAUUGGAUCUUACACUGGAAAAGCAGAGUGUUGGGGAACGAGAGGAUGAAAGUGAAGCUGCUGAUGUUUGGGUGAUCCCGACUUCAGAUCCAGCUGCCAAUUUGCAUCCUGCUAAACCUAAGGAUUUCUCAGCUUUCAUCAACCUGGUGGGCCUUUGCAGGGAGAUUCUUCCUGAGAAACAUGUAGAAUUUUUUGAGCCAUGGGUAUACUCCUUUGCAUAUGAACUAAUUCUGCAGUCUACACGGUUGCCAUUCAUUAGUGGUUUCUACAAAUUGCUAUCUAUUGCUGUGAGAAAUGCCAAGAAAAUAAAAUAUUUUGAGGGUGUUGGUCCAAAGAGUCAGAAACAGUCUCCUGAGGACCCAGAAAAGUCUUUUUGCUUUGCUUUGUUUGCAAAAUUUGGUAAAGAGGUGUCAGUUAAAAUGAAGCAGUACAAAGAUGAACUCCUGGCCUCCUGUUUGACCUUUGUCCUGUCCCUGCCACAUGACAUCAUCGAACUUGAUGUCAGAGCCUAUGUCCCUGCCUUGCAGAUGGCUUUUAAACUGGGCCUGAGCUAUGCCCCAUUGGCAGAGGUCGGCCUGAAUGCCCUAGAAGAAUGGUCAGUUUACAUCGGCAAACAUGUAAUUCAGCCCUAUUAUAAGGACAUUUUACCCGGCCUUGAUGGAUAUCUGAAAACUUCAGCCUUAUCAGGUGAGACCAGGAAUAACUGGGAAGUGUCAGCACUCUCUCGGGCCGCCCAGAAAGGAUUUACUAGAGAUGUGUUAAAGCAUCUGAAAAGGACAAAGAACAUUUCAUCACAUGAAGCGCUGUCCUUAGAAGAAAUACGGGUUCAGGUCGUGCAAGUCCUUGGCCGUCUUGGGGGACAGAUCAGCAAAAACCUCCUAACAGCAGUGUCCCCCGAGGAGAGGGCCAGGCGCUGUGUGGCCUGGGACAGAGAGAGGAGGCUCAGCUUCGCGGUGCCCUUCGCGGACAUGAAGCCCAUCAUCCACCUGGACCCAUUCCUGCCGCGCGUCACAGAGCUGGCGCUCUCGGCCGCCGACAGACAAACCAAAGUUGCGGCCUGUGAACUUCUGCACAGCAUUGUCAUGUUUAUGCUGGGAAAAGCCACUCAGAUGCCUGACAGUGGCCUGGGCCCCCCACCCAUGUACCAGCUCUAUAAGCGCACUUUUCCUGUGCUGCUUCGACUGGCAUGUGAUGUAGAUCAGGUGCCGAGGCAACUGUAUGAACCUCUAGUUAUGCAGCUGAUUCACUGGUUCACCAACAAUAAGAAAUUUGAGAGUCAGGACACUGUUGCCUUACUAGAAACAAUACUGGAUGGAAUUGUGGACCCCUUUGACAGUACUUUAAGAGAUUUUUGUGGUCAGUGUAUUCAAGAAUUCCUCAAAUGGUCCAUUAAGCAGACAACACCGCAGCAGCAGGAAAACAGUCCAGUAAACACCAAAUCACUUUUCAAGCGACUGUACAGCUUUGCACUUCACCCCAAUGCUUUCAAGAGACUGGGAGCAUCACUUGCUUUUAAUAAUAUCUACAGGGAAUUCAGGGAGGAAGAGUCUCUGGUAGAACAGUUUGUGUUUGAAGCCUUGGUUACAUACGUGGAAAGCCUGGCCUUGGCACAUGCGGAUGAGAGGUCCUUGGGUACAGUUCGGCAGUGCUGCGAUGCUAUCGAUCACCUGGGGCGCAUCGUCGAGAAGAAGCACGUUUCUUUAAACGAAGCAAAAAAGCGACGCUGUCCCCGAGGCUUUCCACCUACGGCACCCUUGUGUUUAUCGGAUGUGGUCCAGUGGCUUUUCGCCAGUUGUGGGAGGCCCCAGACAGAAUGUCGACACAAAUCCAUAGAACUCUUCUAUAAGUUUGUUCCUUUGUUGCCAGGCAACAGAUCCCCUUCCCUGUGGCUGAGAGACCUGAUCCAGAAGGAAGGCAUUUCCUUCCUCAUAAACGCAUUUGAGGGGGGAGGAGCCUGCGAUCCGCCAGCCGGCAUCCUUUCCCAGCCCACCCUCCUCCAGCUGCGUGGGCCGUUCAGCCUGCGUGCCGCGCUGCAGUGGAUGGACGCGCUGCUGGCUGCGCUGGAGUGCUACAACACCUUCCUGGGCGCAGGGACCCUUGGUGCCGCCCAGCUCCUGGGUGCUGAAACACAGUCUUCGCUUUGGAAAGCAGUGGCGUUCUUCUUAGAAAGCAUUGCUUUGCAUGAUAUCACGGCGGCAGAAAAGUGCUUUGGUGCCGGGGCCGCAGGUGACAGACCCAGCCCACAGGAGGGAGAAAGAUACAAUUACAGCAAAUGCACGGUGGUGGUCCGGGUCCUGGAGUUCUCCACAACGCUGCUUGGUACCUCCCCUGACAGCUGGCAGCUCCUCGGGAAGGAUUCGUGCAGCGCAGACCUUACGAAGCUCCUGGUGAGAACGCUGUGUGCGCCCUCGAGCGUGGGCUUCAACGUCGGGGACUUCCCGGUGCUGGACCACCUCCCCAGUGUGUGCGUGGGCCUGCUGAGGGCCCUGAAGACGUCCCCGCACUGCGCUGCGCUGGAGGCGUGCCUCAGGGAGGAGGUCACGACGCGGAGCAUUGAGGAGCUCUGCGCUGUUGACCUUUAUGGCCUGGACGCUCAUGUUAGUAGGGCCAAGCUGGCGUCUGUCGUGUCGGCUUGUAAGCAGCUUCACAGGGCUGGCUUUCUUCAUGUUGUAGCACCAUCGCAGUCCGCAGCUCAGCAGCAUUCCCUGGGCACGAAGCUGCUCUCCCUGGUUUAUCAAGGCAUCGCACCUGGGGUCGAAGGGCAGUGCUUGCCCUCGCUGGACCCCGGCUGCAGGCGGCUCGCCGGUGGACUUCUGGAGUUGGCCUUCGCUUGUGGAGGACUGUGUGAGCACCUGGUGGGUCUUCUCCUGGACACGGCGGUGGUGUCCAUGCCAUCCUCAGGGGGGUCCCAGAGGAGCCUCAUCAGCUUCUCCCACGGGCAGUAUUUCUACAGCUUGUUCUCAGAAGCAAUCAACACCGAACUGUUGAAAAAUCUAGAUGUUGCUGUAUCGGCGCUCAUGAAAUCAUCUGUGGAUAAUCCCAAAAUGGUGAGUGCUGUUCUGAAUGGUCUGUUGGAUCAGAGCUUCCGGGACCGAGCCAGUCAGAAGCACCAAGGCCCGAAACUGGCGGGUACCAUCCUGCAGAGCUGGAGGAGCUGCGGCCUGUGGUGGGCCAGGGACGCUGCCCCGGACAGUAAAAUGGCCGUGCUAACCUUACUGGCAAAAAUUCUGCAGAUGGAUUCAUCUGUAUCUUUUAAUACAAAUCACAGCGCAUUCCCAGAAGUUUUUACAACAUAUGUUAGUCUACUUGCUGAUCCGAAUUUGGGGCUACAUUUAAAGGGCCAGGCUGUGAUUCUGCUCCCUUUCUUCACCAAUCUCACUGGAGGCCAUCUGCAGGAGCUGAAGCUCGUUCUGGGGAAGCUCAUUGUUUCUAAUUUCCCUAUGAAGUCUGAAGAGUUUCCCCCGGGGACUCUGCGGUACAAUAACUACGCAGACUGUAUGAAAAAGCUUCUGGAUGCAUUGGAGUUAUCUCAGAGUCCCAUGCUGUUGGAGUUGAUGACAGAACUUCUUUGUCGGGAACAACAGCAUGUUAUGGAAGAAUUAUUUCAAUCCACUUUCAGGAAGAUAGCCAGAAAGAGUUCAUGUGCAACACAGUUAGGCCUUCUGGACAGUGCGUACAGGAUGUUCCGGAGGGAUGACCUACUUCCCAGCAUCACCCGCCAAGCGACUGUGGACCGAGUUCUCCUCACUCUGUUGUGGCACUGUGAUUUGAGUGCUUUGAGAGACUUCUUCAGCAAAAUUGUGGUGGAUGCCAUUGAUGUGUUGAAGUCCAGAUUUACAAAGCUGAAUGAAUCUUCCUUUGAUACGCAAAUCACCAAGAAGAUGGGCUACUAUAAGAUGCUUGAUGUGAUGUACUCUCGUCUUCCGAAAGAUGAUGUUCACUCCAAGGAAUCUAAAAUCAAUCAAGUGUUCCAUGGCUCGUGUGUCGCAGAAGGAAAUGAACUUACAAAGACUCUUAUUAAGCUGUGCCACGAUGCCUUCACGGAGAACAUGGCGGGGGAGGCCCAGCUGCUGGAGCGCAGGCGGCUGUACCACUGUGCCGCCUACAACUGCGCCAUCGCCGCCAUCCGCUGUGUCUUCACCGAGCUCAAGUUUUACCAGGGCUUCCUGUUCAGUGAGAAGCCAGAGAAGAACUUGCUCAUUUUUGAAAAUCUGAUAGACCUGAAGCGCUGCUACACGUUUCCCAUAGAAGUGGAGGUUCCUAUGGAAAGAAAGAAGAGGUACAUUGAAAUUAGGAGAGAAGCCAGGGAAGCAGCAAAUGGGGACUCAGGUGGCCCGUGUUAUAUGUCUUCCUUGUCGUAUCUGGCAGACAGUAGCCUGAGUGAGGAAAUGAGUCAGUUCGACUUUUGCACUGGAGUUCAGAGCUACUCGUAUGGCUCCCAAGACCCUCGGCCCACCGCCGGCCGUUUCUGGAGACGGGAGCGUCCAGACCCCGAGGUCCCAGGCGACGUGCUGGAGCUGGAGAUGGACGAGCUAAAUCGGCACGAGUGCAUGGCCCCCGUGGCGGCCCUGGUGCGACACAUGCAGCGGCUGCAGGCUGCUCGGCCAGGAGAGGGUUCAGUGCCAAGAAGUCUUCCUCCAUGGAUGAAAUUUCUUCACGACAAACUAGGAAAUCCAUCAGUGUCAUUAAAUAUCCGUCUCUUCUUAGCCAAGCUUGUCAUUAAUACAGAGGAAGUCUUCCGGCCUCACGCGAAGCACUGGAUUGGCCCCCUGCUGCAGCUGGUGGUCGCUGAAAACAACGUUGGGGCCGGGAUCCACUACAUGGUGGUUGAGAUCGUGGCCACGGUUCUUUCGUGGACGGGAGUGGCAACUCCUGUGGGGGUCCCCAAAGAUGAAGUGUUAGCAAAUCGAUUGCUUCAUUUUCUAAUGAAACACGUUUUUCAUCAAAAAAGAGCUGUGUUUCGACAUAACCUUGAAAUUAUAAAGACGCUUGUUGAGUGCUGGAAGGAUUGUUUAUCCAUCCCUUACAGGUUAAUCUUUGAAAAGUUUUCCAGUAAAGAUCCUAAUUCUAAAGACAAUUCCAUAGGAAUUCAGUUAUUAGGCAUCGUAAUGGCCAACGACUUGCCUCCAUACGACCCAAAAUGUGGCAUAGAAAGUGUAAAAUACUUCCAGCCUUUGGUCAAUAACAUGUCCUUUGUCAAAUAUAAAGAGGUGUAUGCGGCAGCAGCAGAAGUUCUGGGACUUAUUCUUCGAUACCUUACCGGGAGAGAAAAGACGCUGGAAGAGUCUGUGUGUGAACUGGUGGUAGAGCAGUUGAAGCGGCAUCAGCACACGGCGGAGGACAAAUUUAUCGUGUGCUUGAACAGAGCCGCCAAGAACUUCCCUCCUCUUGCUGACAGGUUCAUGAGCUCCGUGCUUCUCCUGCUGCCGCGGGCCCACGGCGUGAUGAAGACGCUCUGCCUGGAGGUGGUGCUGUGUCGUGCAGACGAGAGGGCGGACCUGUACCUGCAGUUAGAGAGCAGGGGUUUCGCGCAGCUCAUGAGGCACAGAGACGACGAGAGACAGAAAGUGUGUUUGGACAUAAUUUACAAGCUGAUGGCGAGAUUGAAGCCCGUGGAGCUCCGGGGGCUCCUGAGCCCUGUGGCGGAGUUCCUGUCUCACCCCUCCGCUCUGUGCCGGGAGCAGAUGUACAGCAUCUUCAUGUGGGUUCACGACAACUACCGAGAUCGAGAGAGUCAGGCAGAUGAUGACUCCCAGGAAGUAUUCAAGCUGGCGAAAGACGUGUUGAUCCAAGGACUGACCGACGAGAAUCCCGGCCUUCAGUUAAUGAUUAGGAACUUUUGGAGCCACGAAACUAGGUUGCCGUCAAACACCGUGGACCGCUUGCUGGCCCUAAAUUCCUUAUACUGUCCUAAGAUAGAAGUGCACUUCUUAAGUUUGGCGACAGAUUUUCUGCUUGAAAUGACCAGCAUGAGCCCCGACUUCCGCAGUCCUGUGUUUGAGCACCCGCUGUCGGAGUGUGAGUUUCAGGAGUGUUCUAUUGAUGCCGACUGGCGCUGUCGGAGCACGGUCCUCACCCCGAUGUUCCUGGAGACCCAGGCCUCCCAGAGUGCGCUGCAGACCCGGACGCAGGAUGGGCCCCUCCCGGCUCGGCGGGCGCCGGCCGGGCAGGUCCGGGCCACCCAGCAGCAGCUCGACUUCACACCCACACAGAGUGCAGGGGAAAGAGGCUCCUCCCACUGGCUGACGGGGGGUAGCAUCGACCCACUGGGGGGCGGCUCGGCCCCCGCCCCCGAGUCCUCGUCCUCGUCCUCGUCCUUGCUGUUUGCCCACAAGAGGCCUGAGGGGUUGCGCGGGGCAGCCCCGAAGUCAGUGGGACCCGACUUCGGGAAGAAGAGGCUGGGCCUCCCAGGGGACGAGGUGGAUAACGAAGCAAAAGGUCCAGACAGUCGGGCAGACAUAUUGCGAUUACGCAGACGGUUUCUAAAGGACCGAGAAAAACUGAGUUUGAUUUAUGCCAGGAAAGGUGUGGCUGAGCAAAAGCGAGAGAAGGAGAUGAAGAGUGAGUUAAAAAUGAAGCACGAGGCCCACGUCGUCCUGUACAGAAGUUACCGCCGUGGAGACCUUCCCGACAUCCAGAUUCCGCACAGCAGCCUGAUCACCCCCUUGCAGGCUGUGGCCCAGAGGGAUCCGCUCAUCGCGAAGCAGCUCUUCAGCAGCCUGUGCUCCGGCAUCCUGAAGGAGAUGGACAAGCACAGGACCGCAUCUGAGAGGCAUGGCGCCACCCAGAAGCUGCUGCAGGACUUCACUCACUUGCUCAGCACCACCUUCCUCUUCUUCCCGCCGUUCGUGUCCUGUAUCCAGGAGGUCAGCUGCCGACACGCCGACCUGCUGAGCCUGGACCCGGCCGUGGUCGGCAGCGCCGGCCUGGCGGGCCUGCAGCAGCCGGGGGCCAUCCACCUGCUGGAGGAAGCGCUGCUGCACCUGCUGCCCCCGGAGCCGCCCGCCAAGCGCGCUCGGGGCAGGCCCGGCCUCCCCGCCGCCGUCGGCAGAUGGAUGGAGCUUGCCAGGCUGUACAGGUCGAUUGGAGAGUAUGACACCCUCCGUGGUAUUUUCAGCAGUGAGAUAGGAACAAAGCAGGUCACGCAGGACGCGUUAUUAGCAGAAGCGAGAAGUGAUUAUUCUGAAGCUGCGCGGCUGUAUAACGAGGCCCUCAAUAAACAAGAGUGGGCAGACGGUGAGCCCACGGAAGCCGAGAAGGACUUUUGGAAACUUGCAUCCCUCGAGUGUUACAACCAGCUUGCCGAAUGGAAAUCGCUGGCGUACUGCUCCACGGCCAGUGCUGACGGCGAGGGUGCCCCAGAUCUCAGCAAGAUGUGGAGUGAACCCUUCUGUCAGGAGACCUGCCUGCCACACAUGAUCCGCAGCAGGCUCAAGUCCCUGCUCCGUGGGGAGGGCGACCAGGCCCUGCUGACCUUCGUGGACGAGGCGGUGACCUCGGAGCUGCGGAGGGCCCUGCUCGAGCUCCGCUACAGCCAGGAGCUGAGUCUCCUCUACCUCCUGCAAGAUGACGUCGACAGGGCCGAGUAUUACAUCAGAAACUGCAUUCAGAUGUUUUUGCAGAAUUAUUCUAGUAUUGAUGUCCUUUUACACAGAAGUAGACUCACCAAAUUGCAGUCUGUGCAGACUUUCAUAGAAAUUCAGGAGUUCAUCAGCUUUAUUAGCAAACAAGGCAAUCUGUCAUCUCACCUUCCCCUUAAGAGGCUUCUGAAAACCUGGACAAGUAGAUAUCCGGAUGCUAAGAUGGACCCCAUGAACGUCUGGGAUGACAUCAUCACGAAUCGAUGUUUCUUUCUCAGCAAAAUAGAGGAGAAGCUCACUCUCCUUCCGGACGGUGGUGGUGCGAGUGAGGAUGCGGACGGGAUGGGCGUGCAGGCUCUGGAGGAAGAUGCUCGGUCUCUGAUCGCGAGCUGCAAGUUCUCCAUGAGGCUGCAGAUGGUGGAGAGUGCACGGAAGCAGAAUAAUUUCUCGCUUGCCUUGAAACUGCUGAAGGAGCUGCACAGAGAGUCAAAAACACGGGAGGACUGGCUCGUGAAGUGGGUGCAGAGCUACUGCCGGCUCAGCCACGGCCGUGCCCGGGCCCAGCGCCCGCCCGAGCAGCUCUGCACGGCGCUGAGGACGGUGCCCCUGCUGGCAGGUGAGAACACAUCAAGCUACUUGAGCAGAAACGUUGCGGCUUCCCGUGACCAUAACAUUCUCGUGGGCACAACGUACAGGAUCAUGGCCGACGCUCUCAGCGGUGAGCCCGCCUGCCUCGCUGGGAUCGAGGAGAGCAAGGCCCGGCGCGUCGUGGAGCUCUCGGGGUCCAGUUCGGAGGAUGCAGAGAAGGUUGCGGCAGGCCUGUACCAGAGAGCGUUCCACCACCUUUCCGAGGCCGUGCAGACGGCAGCAGAGGAGGAGGCCGGGCGCUCGGCGCGGGGCCAGGAGCCUGCGUGCGGGCUCGUGGCGGCUUACCUGGCGCUGGUGGAGUUCUGUGACCAGCGGCUCCGCAAGCAGGAGGAGGGCCCCCCCGUCCUGGACGCUGCAGAACUGCACUCGUACCCAGCCCUCGUGGUGGACAAGCUGCUGAAAGCUCUGAAGUUACACUCCAGCGAGGCCAGGCUGAAGUUCCCCAGACUCCUCCAGAUUGUCGAGCAGUAUCCAGAGGAGACCCUGAGCCUGAUGGCCAGAGAGAUUUCUUCCAUUCCUUGCUGGCAGUUCAUCGGCUGGAUCGGCCACAUGGUGGCCUUGCUGGACAAGGAGGAGGGGGUCGCCGUCCAGCGCACGGUGGCGGACAUCGCCGACCACUACCCGCAGGCCAUCGUGUACCCGUUCACGAUAAGCAGUGAAAGCUAUUCCUUCAGAGACACCUCUGCUGGCCAUAAGAACAAGGACUUUGUGGCCAGGAUUAAAGCUAAGUUAGAUCGCGAAGGAGUGGUUCAGGACUUCAUUAACGCCCUGGAGCAGCUCUCCAGCCCUGAGAUGCUCUUUAAGGACUGGACGGAGGACGUCAAGCUUGAACUAGAAAAGAACCCUGUAAGUAAGAAGAACAUUGAGAGGAUGUAUGAGAGAAUGUACGCAGCCUUGGGAGACCCACAGGCUCCGGGUCUCGGGAGUUAUCGAAGGAGGUUUAUCCAGGCUUUUGGGAAAGAAUUUGAUAAACACUUUGGGAGAGGAGGCUCUGAGCUCCUUGGCAUGAAGCUCCAGGACUUCUGCACCAUCAGCAGCUCGCUGCUCAGGAGGAUGAGCAGGGGCUGGAAGGCGCCUGGGAGCCUGAAGGAAUGCUCGCCCUGGAUGAGCGGCUUCAGGGCGGAAUUCCUGAGGGAUGAGCUCGAGGUUCCUGGUCAGUACGACGGCAGAGGGAAGCCGGUGCCCGAGUACCACGCCCGCAUCGCCGGCUUCGACGAGCGGGUGAAAGUGAUGGCCUCGCUCAGGAGACCUAUGCGCAUCGUGAUCCGCGGGCACGACGAGCGGGAGUACCCCUUCCUGGCGAAGGGCGGGGAGGACCUGCGGCAGGACCAGCGCAUCCGCCAGCUGCUCCAGGUCAUGAACGGGGUGCUCGCCCGCGACGCUGCCUGUGGCCAGAGGGGCCUGCAGGUGACGACCUACCGCGUGGUGCCGAUGACCUCCAGGUUGGGGCUAAUCGAAUGGAUCGAAAGCACCUGCACCUUGAAGGAACUCCUCCUGAGCAGCAUGUCACCGGAGGAGAAGGCGGCCUACACCAGUGACCCCCGGGCACCAGCGUCUGAGUAUAAAGACUGGCUGAGGAGGAUGUCGGGAAGGUGUGACCCCGGGGCCUACGCGCUCAUGUUCAAGGGAGCUAGUCGCACUGAAGCGGUCACAUCUUUUAGAAAAAGAGAAAGUAAAGUGCCGGCCGAUCUCUUAAAGCGGGCCUUCCUGAAGAUGAGCACCGGCCCCGAGGCCUUCCUGGCUCUCCGCAACCACUUUGCCAGCUCCCACGCGCUCCUGUGCAUAAGCCACUGGAUCUUGGGCAUCGGAGACAGGCAUCUGAACAACUUCAUGGUGAGCUUGGAGACGGGCGGCGUGAUUGGGAUCGACUUUGGACACGCUUUCGGAUCAGCCACCCAGUUUCUGCCGGUCCCUGAGCUGAUGCCUUUCCGUCUGACUCGCCAGUUUAUCACCCUGAUGCUGCCACUGAAAGAAACGGGGCUCGUGGGCAGCACCAUGGUGUGUGCGCUGAGGGCUUUCCGCUCGCGCCCAGACCUGCUCACCACCGCCAUGGACGUGUUUGUGAAGGAGCCGUCCUUUGACUGGAAGAAUUUUGAACAGAAAAUGCUAAGAAAAGGAGGAUCAUGGAUUCAAGAAAUAAAUGUAACUGAAAAAAACUGGUAUCCCCGGCAGAAGAUACAUCACGCUAAGAGAAAGUUAGCAGGUGCCAAUCCAGCAGUUAUUACCUGUGAUGAGUUACUUCUGGGCCAUGAGAAGGUGCCUGCCUUUGAGCAUUACGUCGCUGUAGCACAAGGAAGCAGAGAUCACAACAUUCGUGCCCAGGAGCCAGGCAGUGGACUUUCAGAAGAGGCCCAGGUGAAGUGCUUGAUUGACCAGGCAACAGACCCCAACAUCCUUGGCAGAACUUGGGAAGGGUGGGAGCCCUGGAUGUGAGGUCCCGGGGAGUCAGCAGAGGAAGGGCAUGCGUGUGGAGAGAGUGUCCUAAACUUUGAUCCAAGCAAUCAGUGGGCUGGCUCAUCAUCCCAAAGCACCAGAGUUGUAUCGCGAGUUUAAUCAAGGUCGUGAUGAAGAAGUGAAUGCUCGCAUGGGUGAAUGACUAGGCCAUAAUCAGAGAUUAGGUCAGGGUUAAAAUGGAUGUAGAAGGGCAGACUCGUGCAAGCACGGAAUCAAGACCUUAGCAGAUCGCGAGUGCUGCGAGCGGACCAAGAGCUGUCGUAGUUCAUUGUGCACGUGAGCGUUCUACGACCGUGCCUCACGGCGCCGUGGAAAUCACACCCGGAAGACUUCGUCCCGGAGACUUUGUGAGAGUCAUAUUAGCAGCACAGGAAUAAGAACAGGUCAGGCUGUGAUUAUGGCUUAUUAUAUUUAGAAAUGAUUGUAUUUGACAUUUUAGGAUAUUUUUGUAGGUUUUUCCCUUUCACAUUUUUCUCUUCUAGUUUUGGCAUUUUAUGAUAGAACUGUUCUCUAGAAGAGAAAGUAUUUAGGAGAGGGAAAAACCUUGGUCUUAGCACUCACUUUUGCUACUCUGAUCACAACGGGAAGGUGGAUGAAAGAGCUUUGCAUCCCAGGCUCGGGAAAGCUUCAGAAAUUCCAAGUAUGAAAGUAGGGAUAGCACUAAGCAUUCUGGUUCUGGGAAAAUAAAAGAGAUUCCUGUCUGAAAUGAGUCCUUCUUUGGAGAUAAAACACGCACUCUAGAGCAGCCAGAUCAAGUUACAGAAACAGCUUCCUCUCCACUCAGAGCGCCUCUGUCCCCACCCCGGUCAUCCCCACCUGGAGCUGAUUUCAGGUUGGCUUUGAGCUUUUUGUUACUGUUUUUUCAAACAUUUCUAGUUAGAAACUCUUGUAUGAUUUUGGGAAAUAGUAAAUCUUAAGACUAAGGACCAUUCAUAAAAGUUUUUUUUUCCCAAAGUAGUAGUCUAGCUUUUAUGCAGUUUCACAAGCAAACAUUUCAUCUUACAAUUAUUUCAUUGUAUUACUUGACAAACUUACUCUGAUAGAUAGAUACAGGUUGAAUGCAUUACGGCAUUAAUAAAAAACGUUUAUGGGGACUUCCCCAGUGGUCCAGUGGUUAAGACUCUGUGCUUCCACUGCAGGGGGUGUGGGUUCAAUCCCUGGUUGGGGAACUGAGACAUCCAGCAUGCUGCGCAGCGUGGCUGAAACAUUCCAAGUUCCCUCAGGACAGGACGCCUACACACAGCUUCCAAUAGACAAAAUAAAAUCGUGGGGAAAGAGUAAAGGUGUAAACUUUAAACACUUUCUAAAAUAAAAAUUAUUUCAUCAACUUGCAAGAAGUUUUGAAGUGCUGUUUAUUAACUAAUGACCAGUAACUUCCGCUAAGAUAGAUAUUUUUGAACUUUGGAAUAUUGUCUGUAUAUUAAAGUGACAACACAGCUAUGGGGGUUGUACUUAUUCUCUUUGAACAUCAUGAAAUUGAAGAAUUUAAGGACUGGCUUUUCAAAAAAAGCAAAGGCCAUUGGAAUUUUGAUAGGGACUGCACUGAAUCUGUAGAUGGCUUUAGGUAGUUUUGCUAUUUAACCAUAUUAAGGCUUCCAGUCCAUGAACACUUUCCUUUUAUUUGUCUUUAAUUUCUUUCAGCAGUGUUUUAUGUAAUUUUCACUAGUUUUUGAUGUUUCUCCUUUUCGGUUUCCUUGUCUAAAUUUACUCUUAGGUAUUUUAUUCUUUUGGAUGCCGCUGUAUAUUUGUAGAUAUGUAUUUACAUAGUUUCCCAGUUUCCUUUUUGGAUUGUCAUUGCUGGUGUAGAGGGGCACGAUUGCCUUUGUGUGGUGAUCUUUUCUCUUGAAACUUUGCUGGAUUAAUUUAUUAGCUCUAGUACUUACUUUGUGUAUCUUUGGGACUUUUCGUAUACAGAAUCGUGUUGUCUGUGAUAGAGAUAGUUUUACUUCUGCUUUUCCAAUUUGAAUAUCUAUCUUUUCUCUUUUCUUGCCUGAUUGCUCUGGCUAGAACAUCCAGUACAGUGUUGAAUAGCAGUGGUGAAAGUGGGCAUCCUUGUCUUGUUUCUGAUCUCAGGGGGAACGUUUUCAUCUUUCUUUCACCAGUGAGUACGAUGUCAUCUGUGGGUUUUCAGCAAUGUCCUUUGUCGUGCUGAGGAAGUUCCCUUCUAGUCUUAGUUUGCUGUGUGUUUUUAUCGUGAAAUGGUGUUGAAUUUUGUCAAAUACUUUUUUUGCAUCAGUUGAGAUGAACCUGUGUUUUUUCUCCUUUGUCUAUUAAAGUUGUAUAUUACAACAACGGAUACUAGCUUUUUUAAAAUAUUUAUUUUUGGCUGCGUUGGGUCUUCGCUGCUGCACUUCGUUGCUGCUGUUCCUCUUCCCUGGUUGUGGCAAGCGGGGGCUACUCUUUGUUGCGGAGCACGGGCUCUAGGCGUGUGGGCUUCAGUAGUUGUGGCACGUGGGCUCAGUAGCUGUGGCUCGCGGGCUCUAGAGCGCAGGCUCAGUAGUUGUGGCGCACGGGCUUAGUUGCUCCGCGGCAUGUGGGAUCUUUCCGGGCCAGGGCUCGAACCCGCGUCCCCCGCAUUGGCAGGCGGAUUCUUAACCACUGCGCCACCAGGGAAGCCUGAUACUAGAUGUUGAAUCACCCUUGCAGUGCUGGGACAAAUCCCACCUGGCGAUGGUGAGAAAUCCUUCUACUCUGAGGUUGGAUUCCAUCUCCUAGUAGUUUGUUGAGGAUUUUUGCAUCAGUGUCCAUAAGGGUUAUUAGUCUAUAAUUCUCUUAAGGAGCCUCUGUCUGGCUUUGGUCUCAGGGUAAUGCUGGGUUCAUAGAACGAGUUCGGGUGUGUUCCCUUCUCUGAUAUUUUCUGGAAGAGUUUGAGAAGGACUGGUGUUAAUUCUUCUUUCAGGGUUUGGUACCAUUCACCAGUAAAGCCAUCCUUUUCUUUUGGGGAGGUUUUUCCUAUUACCGAUGAAGUCUCUUGUUGCAGAUCUCUUCAGAUUUUUUUUUUUUUUUUUUUUUUUUUUUUGCGGUACGCGGGCCUCUCGCUGUUGUGGCCUCUCCCGUUGCGGAGCACAGGCUCAGCGGCCAUGGCUCACGGGUGCAGCUGCUCUGCGGCAUGUGGGAUCCUUCCGGACCGGGGCACGAACCCGUGCCCCUGCAUCGGCAGGCGGACUCUCAAGCACUAGGCCAUCAGGGAAGCCCGCAAGAUCUUUUCUGACCCGCCUCCGAGAGUAAUGGAUAUAAAACCAAAAAUAAACAAAUGGGACCUCAUGAAGCUUAAAAUAUUUUCCACAGCAAAGGAAAUUAUAAAGAAGAGAAAAAGACAGCCCUAAGAACAGGAGAAAACAUCUGCAAACGAAUCAACGGACAAAGCAUUAACCUCCAAAAUAUAUACACAGCUCAUGAAGCUCAAUAUUAAAAAACAUCCCCAACCCAAAAAUGGGCAGAAGACCUAAAUAGAGUUUUCUCCAAGGAAGACAUACAGCUGGCCAAGAGGCACGUGAAAAGCUGCUCAACGCCACUAAUUAUUAGAGUAAAUGUAAAUCAAAACUACAGUGAGGUAUUACCUCACACCAGUUAGAAUGGGCAUCAUCAGAAAAUCUACAAACAACAAAUGCUGGAGAGGGUGUGGAGAAAAGGGAACCCUCUUGCACUGUUGGUGGGAAUGUAAAUUGAUACAGCCACUAUGGAGAACAGUAUGGCGGGUUCCUCAAAAAGCUAAAAAUAGAACUACCGUACGACACAGCAAUCCCACUACCGGGCAUAUACCCAGAGAAGACCAUAAUUCAAAAAGACACAUGCACCCCAAUAUUCACUGCAGCAGUAUUUACAAUAGUUGGGUCACGGAAGCAACUUAACUGCCCGUUGAUGGCAAAUGGACUAGGAAGAUGUGGUAUGUAUAUACAGUGGAAUAUUACUCAGCCCUAAAAAGGAACGAAAUUGGGUUAUUUGUAGAGACGUGGAUGGACCUAGAGACUGUCAUACAGAGUGAAGUAAAUAAGUCAGAAAAAGCAAAACAAAUACUGUAUAUGAACGCAUAUAUGUGGAGUCUAGAAAAAUGGUACAGAUGAACCGGUUUGCAGGGCAGAAAUAGAGACACAGACGUAGAGAAUAAACUUAUGGACACCAAGGGGGGAAAGCGGGGUGGGUGUGGUGGUGGCAUGAUGAACUGGGAGAUUGGGAUGGACACGUAUACACUGAUGUGUACAAUACAGAUAACCAAUAAUAAAAAAAGAAUGCUAACUGAAUUAGGAAAGAGAUGAACACAGAAUUUUAACAAGGAACUAGAAAAUUAUUUUAAAAAAUGAGAAAUUAAUUAAUAAUUCAAUAACCAAAAGGAAAAACAGAAGGAAUAAACAGCAGAUUAGGUGACACAGAAGAAUGGAUAAGUGAAGAUGGAAAUAACCCAAUCAGAGCAACAAAAAAAACCCUGAAAGGGACUUUCAGAUAACAUCAAGUGUUUGCAACAUUCACAUUACACAGGUCACACCCCUGAAGGAGGAGUGAGAGAUAGAUAGAAGGGGGUCAAAAAUGCACUUAAUAAAAUUAUGGCGGAAAACGUCACAAGCCUGAAAAAUGAAACAUCAGUUAUGGGAAGCGCAGUGCAUGUCAAAUAAGAUGAACACAAAUAGACUGAUGCCGAGACAUCAUAAUUGAAAUGGAAUAAGUUAGAUCUAAAGGCAGCAAGAGAAAAAGAGUCAUAUACAAGGGAACCACCAUAAGGCUGUCUGUCAGCUGAUUUUUUCUGCAGAAACUGGGGGCAGAAGGGAAUGGCAUGAUAUAUUUCAGGUGCUGAAAGGGAAGAACCUGCAACCUAGGAUACUCUACCCAGCAACAUUACCAUUUAGAACAGAAGGAGAGAGAAAGCACUUCCCAGAGAAGCAGAAACUAAAAAAGUUCACCAAUACUAAGCAACCCUAAAAGAAAUGUUAAAGGGUCUUCUCUAAGUGGGAAAGAAAAGGCUAUACAACAAGAGUAAGUAUCUAUAAGAAAGGAAAAAUCCCACUAGUGAAGGCAAAUAUAUAUUACAGGCUGAGGAUCAACCACUUAAAUAAGCUAAUACAAAGAUUAAAAGACAAAAACUUGUAAAAUCAAGUAUAACUACAAUAAUCAGUAAAGAGAUAAAAAUGAAGAUGUAAAAUAUGGCGUCAAAAACACAGUGUUGGGACUUCCCUGGUGGUCCAGUGGUAAAAAAUCUGCUUACAAUGCAGGAGAUACGGGUUUGAUCCCUGGUCAGGGAAUUAAGAUCCCACAUGCUGCUGUGCAACUAAGCCCGCACGCCACAACUACUGAGCUUGCACGCCUCAACUGGAGCCCACAUGCCACAAACUGCAGAACCCACCUGCUCUGGAGCCUGCACGUCACAACGACAGAGCCAAUGCACUCUGCAACCGGCACGCCAAGUCUAGAGAGAGAAAACCUGCAUGCUGCAAGUAGAGAGAAGCCCGUGCACCACACGAAAGACCCCACAUGCCUCAAUGAAUAUCCCACGUGCCGCAACUAAGCCCCGACACAGCCCAAAAUAAAAAUAUGAAUAAAAAAUAAAUCUUAAAAAAAGAACAGUGUGGGGGAAGGAUGUAAACCAUGUAGAUGUUUUAGAAUGCGUAUGAACUUUAAAAGGACUACCUGUUUAAAAUAAGUAAGUAUAGUUAUAGGUCAACAUAUAUGAACCCCACGGUAACUACAAACCAAGAAACUACAGUAGAGGGAGUGGCCGAGAUGGCAGAGUACAAAGACCCUGAGCUCACCUCCUCUCAGGAGCACUCCAGAAUCACAACUAUCUGCAGAACCACCACCAAUGGAAAAGAAUGGAAGCUACCAAAAAAGAUCUUCUACAGCUAAAGACAAAGAAGGAACCACAAUGAGAUGGGUAGGAGGGACGGACUCACGAAUAUAAUCAAAUCCCACACGCCUGGGUGGGCGACCCACAAACUGGAGAAUAAUUAUAUUACAGAGGUUCUCCCACAGGAGUGAGAGUUCUGAGCCCUACCUCAGGCUCCCCAGCCUGGGGGUCCUGCACUAGGAAGACAAGCCCCCAGAGCAUUUGGCUUCGAAGAGCAGAGGAGCUUAAUUUUGGGAGCCCCACAGGACUGGGGAAAACAGAGACUUCAUUCUUAAAGGGCACACAUGAAAUCUCACACAUACCAGGAACCAGGGCAAAAGCAGUAAUUGGAUAGGAGGACCCUGGGUCAGACCAAUCUGCUGGUCUUGGAGAGUCUCCUGGAGAGGUGGGGGGUGGCUGUGGCUCGCCAUGGGGACACAGACACUGGUGGCAGACAUUUGGGAACAUUCUACCAUGUGAACUGCUGCUGGUGUUUGCCAUCUUGGCUCAUCAGCACCAAGACCUGGCCCCAACAGCCUGUAGGCUCCAGUACUGGGACACCUCAGGCCAAACAACUAACUGGGUGGGCACAUAGCCCCCACCCAUCAGCAGACAGGCUGCUUGAAGACUUCCUGAGCCUACAGCCAUGGCCCUGCCCACCAGAGGGCCAAGACCCAGCUCCACCACCAGCAGGCAGGCACUAGGCCUUCUCUCCAGGAAGCCUGCACCAGCCUCUUGACCAGCCUUAUCCACCAAGGAGCAGACAAAAGAAAACCCCAAUCCUGCAGACCCAGCCUGCCCACAGCAGGCUAGACCGUACUCUGAGACCAACUGGCCCCAGCCCUGUCCACCAACAGGCCAGUGCAUACCCUGCACAGCAUACUUAACUGUGUGAGGAACCAGGAGCCCCCCCCCCCACCCCCGCCAGUAGUCCAGCACUAACUCCAGGACCUGGGUUCACCUGCCAUUGGGUGAACUCUGCCCGUUUCCAAUGGACAGGCCCAAAUCUUUGUGACUCUUUACCUAUACCCAUCACUGAGCCAGCACUAGCCUCAGGGCCCCUUAGGGUUCUGUAGCCAGCUGCCUCGUGACCAGGCCCUGCUAAACAGCAGCCAGCAGCAUCUACACAAGGCAGGUCCUGGCAACCAACUGGGCUAGGGGCCAACCAAGCCCACCAGAUCACCCACAUAGCCCACCAUAACAGAAGGACCCAUGCAGCCCUCUUAGGGGGAACACUUAGAACAUAUAGGUAACGGGAGGACAGUGCACUGCUGGGACGCACAAGAUGUCUCCUACAGAGGGCUACUUCUCCAAGGUUGAGAAAUGUAAGUAACCUACCACAAACAUAAAAAUACAAAUAGCAACUUAGACAAAAUGAGGUAGCAGAGGAAUAUGUUCCAGAUGAAGGAACAAGAUAAAAAAAACUCAGAAGAAAAACUAAGUGAUGUGGAGACAAGCAAUCUACCGAAGAAAGGGUUCAGAAUAAGAAUUGUAAAGAUGAUCAAAGAAUUUGGGAAAAGAAUGCACAGAGUGAGAAAUUAGAAGUUGUUAGCAAAGAGAAAACAAAGAAUAACCAAACAGAUGGAGAAUACGAUAACAAAUGAAAAAUAUACUGGAAGAAAUCAAUAGUACAGAAGAACAAAUCAGUGAGCUGGAAGACAGAGUAGUGGAAAUCACUGCCACUGAACAGAAAAAAGAAAAAAAAGUAUGAAAAGAAAUGACAGUUUGAGAGACCUCUGGGACAACAUCAAACACACUAAUAUUUGAAUUAUAGAGGCCCCAGAAGGAGAUAAGAGAAAGGGCCUGAGAACAUACGUUAAGACAUAAUAGCUGAAAACAUCCCUAACCUGAGAAGGGAAAAAGUCACCCAAGUCCAGGAAGCACAGAGAGUGCCAUACAGGAUGAACCCAAAGAGUAAGACACCAAGACACACUGUAAAUAAGGUGACAAAGAGAUAAAGAGAGAAUAUUAUAAACAACAAGAGAAAAUCAAGAAAUAGCAUACAAGGGAAUUCCCAUAAGGCUGUCAGCCCAUUUUUCAGCAGAAACUCUACUGGCCAAAAAGGAGGGGCAUGAUAUAUUUAAAGUGAUGAAAGGGGAAAAACUACAACCAAGAAUAAUCUAUCCAGGAAGGCCCUCAUUCAGAUUUGAUGGGGAAAUCAAAAGCCAAAAGAGUUCAGUACCAUCAAACCAGCUUUACAACAGAUGUUAAAAGAACUUCUCUAGGUGACAAGGAAAAGGCCACAACUAGAAACAAGAAAAUUAUGAAAUGAAAAAGCUCACCAGUAAAGGCAGACAUACAGAGAAGGUAGGAAAUCUCCACACACCAAGCUAGUAGGGAGGUUAAAAGAAAAAAGUAGUAAGACUGUCUGUAUCCACAAUAAGCAGUUAAGGGAUACACAAAGCAAUGAGACAUAAGAUAACGCAAGCAAAAACAGUAAUUGUGAGGGGAGGAGAGUACAAAUGCAGGGUUUUCAAAAUGCAUUUGAAAUUAAGACAUCAGCAACUUAAAACAAUCAUGUGUACAUACAGACUGCUAUGCAAAACCUCAUGGUAACUGCAAACCAAAAAUCUAUGAUAGAUAUGUACUCAAAAAAGAAAAAGGAAACCAAACAUAACAGUAAAGCUAGUCAUCAAAUGACGAGAGAGAAUGAAAGAAGAAAGGGAAAAAAGACCCUACACAAACAAAUCCAAAACAACAAAAUGGCAAUGAGAACAUACAUAUUGAUGAUUACCUUAAAUGUAAACAGAGUAAAUGCUCCAACUAAAAGACACAGAGUGGUUGAUGGACACAAAAACAAGACCCCUUGAUAUUCUGCGUACAAGAGACUCACUUCAGAUCUAGAGACACAUACAGACUGAAAGUGAGGGAGUGGAAAAAGGUAUUCCAUGCAAGUGGAAAUCAAACGAAAGCCAGAGUAGUAAUACUCUUAUCAGACAAAAUCGACUUUAAAAUAAAGACUGUUACAAGUUACAAGGAGGGACCCUACAUAAUGAUCAAGGGAUCAAUCCAAGAAGAUAUAAUAAUUGUAUAUAUAUAUGGGAGCACCUAAAUAUAAGGCAAAUAUUAAGAGACAUAAAAGGAGAAAGCGAUGGUAACACAAUAAUAGUGGGGGACUUUUAACACCCCACUAAUAUUAAUGGACAGAUCAUCCAGACAGAAAAUCAGUAAGGAAACACAGGCCUUAAAUAACACCUUAGACCAAAUGGACUUAAUUGAUAUAUAUAGAGAGCAUUCCAUCCUAAAGCAGCAGAAUACAUAUUCUUUUCAAGUGCACGUGGAAAAUUCUCCAGGAUAGAUUACGUGCUAGGCCACAAAAUAAGCCUUGGUAAAUUUAAGACAACUGAAAUCAUAUCAAGCAUCUUUUCCAACCGCAACACUUUAGAGACUAGAAAUCAACUACAAGAAAAAAAGAUUGCAAGAAACACAAA